GAUGGACGUGGCUGUGUCCGACAGUGCCCAGCUUGGAAUAGGUUUGCGCUGCAGUCACGGGCGGAGUCGUCCUGUAAAUCGGUUGCAUGAGCUAUCUAAAAUUACAAUUUAUAUUACUUUUCAACGAUCGGGUACAUUUUCAUACACUACCCUGAGUUAUAGCAAGGAACGAAACAUUCUGUUCUUUUUUUUCGUGCAAGCAGUUGUUUCUUUUUCUACUGGAAGAACCAUCGGAUCUUACAGUACCAUAGCCUUUACGGGAAGGAAGGAAGAUUUUGUCGGGUUAGCUAGCUUUUGACUGGGCCCCAAUCACACAAGUCAGGGGAGCACACGCAUGAACAGUCUGCUUUCACAAAUGGGAUCACUCUGUCUACAGCACCGUGAGGGUGCCGUGGAACACUGCCCCAUUAAUAUGACCUGAAGAAUUUCAUGAGACUAUAUCCAGAACUCCUGAGAAUGAUAUAAGACACUCAACGCUUUUGUUAAGACAUUUACAAAUUGCUGUGUGGUGUGCAUACAAGUUUUGUUUUGUUUUUCUUAAAAAAAAAUCUUUAGUACAGUGAUCCCCGUUUGGAGGGAUUUGUUGUUAUUGUGAAAGAUCAUCUGUGAAAUAGCAAAACUAAUAUCAAGAUGAGUGCCGAUGGAUAUCAGUACCGUGCGCUUUAUGACUAUAAGAAGGAAAGGGAAGAGGACAUUAGUCUGCAUAUAGGGGACAUCUUGAUAGUUAGCAAAGGCGCCUUGUCGGGCCUUGGCUUCGGUGAAGGCAUGGAGGAAAAACCAGAGGAAAUAGGGUGGCUGCCUGGUUUGAACGAAACGACCCAGGAGAAGGGAGACUUUCCUGGAACCUACGUGGAGUUCAUUGGGAAGAAGAGGAUGUCACCUCCAACCCCAAAACCCAGACCUCCCAGGCCUUUACCUGUUGCCCCAAGUCCAACGAAGGCUGACUCGGACAGCGAACAAGCCUCUUCACUGUUGGACCUGACGGAGCAGUUUACGCCGCCAGAAGUGACUCCUCCCCUGCUGCAGCGUCUGAUUGGGGCCAUCGAACGGAAGGGUUUGGACAACCCCACGCUGUAUCGCACCUUCACUGCAGGAGGAGGCCUGGAGGUCAGACAGUGCUUCGACAGCGAUGCCUCCUCAUCCGAGCUGGAUCAGCUUGACCUGCCCAUGCUGUGUGACGGAUUGAGGCGCUACCUGCAGGACCUUCCCCAGCCUGUCAUCCCUGGCGCCGUCUACAGCGAGCUAGUCCACAUUGCCCAAGAGGUGACUAGCCCUGACGAGUGUUCGGUGCGACUGCGGCGCGUGCUGCAGUCCCCAGCGGUGCCCCCUCAACACUGGCUGGCGCUACAGAGCCUGCUGCGCCACCUGGCCCAUGUGUGCCAGGCCUCGGCCCGCAACCUGCUCAGCGCCCGCGCCCUGGGCGAGAUCUUCAGCACGCUGCUCUUCAGGCAGCAGGCUGCCAGCUGUGAACCCUGCCCAGACUCCCACAUAAAGAUCAUCGAAGUCCUGGUCACCAGCGAGUGGGGCGACAGCCAGGCUGCACCAGCCCUACCUCCAAAGCCACCCAAGCCUACCCCUGUAACUAACAACGGUAUGAACAACAACAUGGCACUACAGGAUGCCGAAUGGUACUGGGGAGACAUCUCAAGGGAGGAGGUCAAUGAGAAACUCAGAGACACCCCCGAUGGUACGUUUCUUGUCCGAGAUGCCUCGACCAAGAUGCACGGAGACUACACGCUUACGCUAAGGAAAGGGGGCAACAACAAGCUGAUCAAAAUUUUCCAUCGCGACGGGAAGUACGGCUUUUCGGACCCCCUGACUUUCAACUCUGUGGUUGAGCUUAUCAACCACUACCGGCACGAAUCUCUCGCCCAGUACAACCCUAAACUGGAUGUGAAACUGCUGUAUCCUGUGUCAAAGCACCAACAGGAUCAGGUAGUAAAGGAGGACAACAUCGACGCUGUGGGCAAGAAGCUGUUCGAGUACCACCAGCAGUACCAAGAGAAGAACCGAGAGUACGACAGACUAUACGAGGAGUACACGAGAACAUCACAGGAAAUUCAAAUGAAGAGGACUGCCAUUGAAGCCUUCAACGAGACCAUCAAGAUCUUUGAAGAGCAGUGCCAGACCCAGGAGCGGUACAGCAAGGAGUACAUUGAGAAGUUCCGGCGUGAGGGCAACGAGAAGGAGAUCCAGCGGAUCAUGGUGAACUACGAGAAGCUAAAGUCGCGCAUCAGUGAGAUCGUGGACAGCAAGCGGCGCCUGGAGGAGGACCUCAAGAAGCAGGCGGCCGACUACCGCGAGAUCGACAAGCGCAUGAACAGCAUCAAGCCCGACCUCAUCCAGCUGCGCAAGACCCGGGAUCACUACCUUACGUGGCUUACACAGAAGGGCGUCAGGCAGAAGAAGCUCAACGAAUGGCUGGGCAUCAACAACGACAACAUGGAAGAUCAAUACUCCAUGGUGGACGACGACGAGGACUUGCCACACCACGACGAGCGCUCGUGGAAGCUAGGCAACAUAGUCCGUCCACAGGCCGAGGCCCUUUUGAGGGGAAAGAGGGACGGAACAUUCCUGAUUCGGGAGAGCAGCAAGCCCGGCUGCUACGCCUGCAGCGUGGUUGUGGAAGGUGAGGUCAAGCACUGCGUCAUCAACAAGACGCCCUCGGGCUUCGGUUUCGCAGAGCCCUACAACCUGUACAACUCGCUCAAAGAACUGGUCUUGCACUACCAGCACACGUCUCUCGUCCAGCACAAUGACUCUUUGAAUGUCACGUUAGCGUACCCCGUUUACGCGCAGCAGAGACGAUGAGGACUUCCUCCCCGGGGAAACUUGUCUCCUCUUCCUCCUCCUCUCCUCCUCCUACGCCUCCCCCCUCACACGGCUGCAGGACUUUGGGAAGGGUGUAGGCAUUCUGACGGGAUGGAGAGACGCUUGGCAUGGAACGCAGGACUGAGAUGGAGAGAUGCUUUUUGCCAGGAGGGCUGGUGGACAGAUGGGAGAGGGAGAUGAAAGGGGCUGUAUCUUUUUGCCUUUUUCUUUCCAACCAACUCCCUUUACAGACUUUAACUGGGAAGAAGAGCAAGGGAUAGAGGGAGUAAGUGAGAGAGAGCAAAAGAGACAAAUGGAAUGGAACCCAGAUACACAAACAAAUAUAUAAAUAUCUAUAUAUUACUAUAUCUAAAGAAGAAGAAAAAAACAUUUCAGCCUCUGAGACGUUGAACUGGUGCCGAGUCUGAAUGUAGUUCCCUUUCUUCUUGCGCUCUCUUUUGCCAGAGUGCAGUACCAAGAGGAAACUGUGGAACUCCUUUCCCCUCCUCCUCAUCCUCCUCCUCCUCCCUCACCUCUCAUCACUCUCUCUCUCUCUCUCUCUCUCCAACCUAAAAUGGAGGACAUCGGAGGCCUUUUCCAAAUGGUGCUUGUUCAUUCUAAAGCUUUACCUGCUGGAAUGUCGUUACACAGAUAAACCACCACCGCUGCCCUCCACCUCCUUACCAACCUCCCUGGCACCAUCUGCCUACAGUGGGCUUACAUUUCUAAUGUUUCCUCCGUCUCCUCUGCCUCAUGAGCCCCCCCCCCACCUGCCCCCCACCCUCAACCCCCAGCUCUAUUCAGGUCUCAGUGUGGGUGUGUGCGAGCGUGUGUGUGUGUGUGUGAGUGUGAGUGCGUGCGUGACCGUGGCGUGUACAUUAGUGUCGAUGUGACCAAAACUCACAGUAUCUGAAAGCUAAAUCAUCGUCGGGGUGCUUAACAUUUGUGAUGUUUAAAGAAAUGAAAAAGACUCUAACAAUGGACAGACCAUGGAACAGCUGAAAUAUGUAGCAAGAUGGCACUUUUUUUUCCUCUCUUCUUUGUCCUUUAUUUUUUGGAAAUAAAAAGAGCAUAUAUUCUCAACCUGUUUCUCAAAGAGACUCCUUGGAGGCGUCUGGUCUCGAUGGGAGUGUGAGGCAGUGAGCCCAGCCAGUGGCAUUUUCUCCUGUGAUCCUCAUAGGACAGACUCUGGGCUUGUCACUCACUAACUGACUGGUAGAAACAGUGCAACAGCAACAGCAGCCUGCAAUGGAAACGAAAAAAUCUUUCAUUAUGAUGUACAUACAGUGAAACCUGUGAUGACGACUUACCGUAUUGUACCAAAAAAAAGCUCAGUUCCUUUUUUUUCUCAGUUUAUUCUAAUCUGCUAUGCAAUUCUGUAUCUCUCUCCUCUCAUGUUGCUACCCAUAAUAUAAGCUUGUUUUAUUUGCUUGAAAAAGUAUCGGUAUUUUUGCCCAUGACAAAUAUCUAAGAGGAUAUAUUUAGUGUCAAAAAUGCCAAGAAAGUUAGCCUCAGUUUUCAAACCCUAAAUAAAAAAUAAAUAAAUAAUAAAAAAAAAAGAUUUACUUUUAUUACAGAUGUUUUUAUGAGAAAACAGGUGCACAGAUGGGGAGAAGACAGUUGAGCAAUUUUAUUAGUAUUUUUACUUUGAACUACUGUCCUCCUAGGUAGAUCCUAUGGGGGAUCUUAGUCCUCCUUCAUUUGAAGAAAAGAAGCCAAAUCAACUCAGUUUGGUUUUUCACAUUUUGAUUUUUUCCAACGAAUUGCAGUACACAGUCAUGCAUAGCAUAGCAUAGCAACCCAUGAUUAGUAUAUUCCCACGUUCCCUGACGUGAUUUUUUUAUUUAAUUUUUUUCUCCCAAGAGUUUUAUUUUUUGAUAAUGUUUUUCAUUUUCCACAUGUGAGGGAAGCAGAGAGAAAAAAUGAGUGUUUUGGAAGUGGAAUGGCAGAAAUCGUAACGACAUGUUCAGUUUGGAGACGGGGAAGAAAAAAAGGUUUCCUUCUCAUCCCUUGGUCCAUACAGUAUUUUUUCUGUAUCAGAAAAUUCUUAAUGAGUGUUUACAUGGGUGUGAACGGCCUCAUUUUGACUAGUGCUGAAUGCUUGUGACCAUGCAUCGUUUUCUUGACCUAUGUUUCUGCCAUCAAAAAAAUAAUAAUUCGAAAAUAAAUAAAUAAAUGUACCAAAUUAGCUGCCAACUUGAUAGCACACAUCUUUCUUUUCUACAUGUUUUUCUCUCUCUUCUAUAACAGUAUUUGAAGCUUGAUGACUUGGUGAUUUUGUUCAAGUCUGUAUUACAUAGGGUAUGCCUUCAGUGCAAAUCCUCAAUACACAAAUUAUACGCAGCACUUAACCUGCAGUAUGAACAAGGCUUACAUUGUACUUUGCAUCAGUGAAUAUCAGUAUAAAACAUGCAUUCUUCUGAUUCGUUAAUAGAGUGUUUUGGUUUGUUCCACCAUGUUCUUUAGAUCACUCGUUCUCAUAUUUGAACAAUCACCUAAUUUUUUGUUCUGGCUUAUCAUUGAUCAACAUGUUAUUCUCUAACAUUACACUUCUUUUGUUCCUACUAGGCCUGAUUGCCUUAAAAAUGAUUUAGAUGACUUUAUUUUUAAAAAGGGUCAGUCCUUGUCAGCACCUGUUGCAAAUUUAACCCCUAUGUGUUAAUCCCUACUAGAAACAAUUCUUCAAAGACGUAUAAGUGGAGAAUGAUUUGUAAACAUGUUUUAAUUUCGUUUCUCUUCAUAAUCAGUCUAAUUCUGCCCUUUACUUUUGAAAAAGAAUUUAGGUAGAUGUAGCAAAUAUGUAUUUUUUUCUCUUAAUUUUAUGAAUAGAGGUCGUCAAGUUCAGGUAAACAUCACACCUGCCUUAACUGGUAAAGAGACUUGAGUCAUUGAUUGUCAAUUCCAAAAGGACUGCCUAAAUAGCAGGUGUGAAGUUAACCAUGCCAUCUAAACUACUAUCGAAACGUAAGCAGUGUGACCAUUAGGCUUUUGCUAAAUUUAGUGUGGACUUUUUAUGUUGGAGAGUUGAAAAGUUUUAGAAAGUCAUAACUGAAUGAGCAGCUAUGCUCUGAACUCUCCUAAAAUGACAUGCUUCUCUCCCCCCCCCCCCCCCCCAUUUGUUUAACUGAAAUGAUCAACUUGAGAUUCACAGACCACAUUCAAAGAAAACUAAGUACUGUUUCAAAAAAUCCACUUGUCACUUCCCCUUUAACAUUUGUUAUAUCAUUGUAGUUUUGUCUAAAGGCUUUUGAGGCCUCGGAGUUACUUCACAUAGGUAAAGGUGUUGUUAGUUGUUUUGUGCAUUGUUUCUGAGAAAAUGCGGCACCAUUUUUUCCUCCCCUACUUUUUUUUUUUUUUUCUUUCAGUUUUCCCUUUAAGGCUUUAUGACAUUGGUUUACGGUAAACAUGAGAUGAUUGUGUCAGAAAUAUUGAGAUUAAGAUUUACUGGUGUGUCCCAGUUUUAAAACUGCUUAAAAACCUGUAUGGGCUUUGUGAAAAAAAGAAAUAAAAAAAUGUUUUUAAGAAAAAAAAAAA